AUUCAAAAUAGAGGGAGAGGGAGGGAAGAGAGAGAGAGAGAGAGAGAGAGAGAGAAGGAGAGUCAGGGACAGGCAGUGCUGAAAAGGAGAGCACAAAGAGAAGGAAAGUGGAGCAGGGGAGGGGAACAGGAGGCUGGGUGAAGGGAGAGGGAAAGACAAAAGAAGGAGAGGGGAGACAUAGCAGGGUGAACGGAGGGGACUGAGCAAAUGGCUACGGAGGAGACGGCGGGGGGAGCCAGGAAAGCCACCAAGAGCAAACUGUUUGAGUUCCUGGUCCAUGGAGUGCGUCCUGGCAUGCCGUCUGGAGCGAGGAUGCCCCACCAGGGAGCUCCCAUGGGCCCCCCUGGCCCACCAUUCGGAGGGAGCCCGACGGUGCGGCCCGGCCUGCCCUCCCCAGUGAUGGAGCCCAGUCGUAAGAGGCCUGCCCCCUCCCAGCAGGUCCAGCAGCAGCAGCAGCAGCAACAGCAGCAGCAGCAACAGCAGGCCGUCCAGAACCGGGCCAGAAAGAAGCCAGUUGGAUUCCCCGGAGCCAACGAGAUGCCGGCGAGGCAGAUGGACAUGAGAGAGCCCCAAUCAGAUCCCACGCUCGGAUCAAAUGCUAAGAGAAGGAAAAUGGCAGACAAGAUUCUUCCGCAAAGGAUCCGUGAGCUGGUCCCUGAGUCUCAGGCCUACAUGGAUCUGCUAGCGUUUGAGCGCAAAUUGGACCAGACCAUCAUGCGCAAACGUGUGGACAUCCAGGAAGCACUGAAGAGACCAAUGAAGCAGCAAAAGCGUAAACUGAGGCUUUACAUAUCCAACACCUUCAACCCUGCCAGACCUGAUGCUGAUGACUCUGAUGGCAGCAUUGCAUCAUGGGAGCUGCGGGUGGAGGGGAAGUUGCUGGAUGACCCAGGGAAGCAGAAGAAGAAGUUCUCUUCGUUUUUUAAGAGCCUGGUGAUCGAGCUGGACAAAGACCUUUAUGGUCCUGACAACCACCUGGUCGAGUGGCACCGCACGCCUACCACCCAGGAGACGGACGGCUUCCAGGUGAAGAGGCCAGGAGACGUGAGCGUGCGCUGCACUCUGCUGCUGAUGCUGGACUACCAGCCUCCCCAGUUUAAGUUGGACCCUCGCCUGGCUCGCCUGCUUGGCAUUCACACCCAGACUCGCUCCUGCAUCAUCCAGGCCCUCUGGCAGUACGUCAAGACCAACAAGCUGCAGGACUCGCAUGACAAGGAGUACAUCAACUGUGACAAGUACUUCCAGCAGAUUUUUGAUUGCCCACGGCUGAAGUUCUCUGAGAUCCCUCAGCGUCUCACCAACCUCCUCCUGCCCCCUGACCCCAUCGUCAUCAACCAUGUUAUCAGCGUCGACCCCAACGACCAGAAGAAGACGGCCUGCUACGACAUUGACGUGGAAGUGGAAGACCCCCUGAAGAGCCAGAUGAGCAGCUUCCUCCUCUCCACCGCCAACCAGCAAGAAAUCGCAUCACUCGACAACAAGAUCCAUGAAACCAUUGAGUCCAUCAACCAGUUGAAGAUCCAGAGGGACUUCAUGCUGAGUUUCUCCAGAGAUCCCAAGGGCUACAUCCAGGACUGGCUCAAAUCCCAGAGCCGAGACUUAAAGUUAAUGACAGACGUGGUGGGGAACCCUGAAGAGGAGAGGAGGGCGGCGUUUUACCACGAGCCUUGGUCCCAGGAGGCCGUCAGCCGCUAUUUCUACUGCAAGAUCCAGCAGAGAAGACAGGAGCUGGAACAGGCCUUAGCUGUCCGCAACACCUAAACCAAGGCCUUCCUGAAUCUCCUCAUCUGAUUUCAGAGCCUAGUGUGUGUGUGUGUGUGUGUGUGUGUGUGUGUGUGUGUGUGUGUGUGUGUGUGUGUGUGUGUGUGUGUGUGUGUGUGUGUGUGUGUGUGUGUGUUUGGAUGUGUGUGAGGCCAUCGCUGUCGUCUGCUGAAACCUAAUACCUCUAAAAAUGUCAGUAACUUAGAAAAAAACAAAACAAAAGCAGCCCUAUGUGUUUGUGAUAGCAAUGGAAUUUCUGAGGUUUGUCCAAUGUUUUGAAAGGAAAUUUGAAAUUAGGGUGAGGAGGUUUUCACAAGACAGCAGCGAUGUGCGUGUAUGGAAGCCAGAUCUCGAUGCACAUAUGCGCCCACUGCAUAUUUGUUCCGUUAUGUGCAGGACUGUGAGGACACCAUCGUUAAUCGCAUGUAUUCAGCUGCGGGGUCGUCCCUCAGAGGUCGUCCCCCCUCGGACCACAAACGUUGUCAGACUCACUGCCCGAUAAACAAAAACCUCCCUCUUCAUCACCGCUCUCUGCUUUGUAAAUACACCACUGGCAAACCCCUUCUCUCCAUGUCAAGACAAACUCUCAUUUCGCUGCUCACACGGUUAUCGGAUUCUCAUCUCAAAGAGGUCUCCGCUGCGUCCGACAGAAGAUGCACAUGACGCAACCCGGUGUCACAGUCAGUCCUCGCAGCGCUCUGGAUAAGUCUCCACAUUUUAUGUUUUCCAUCUCUUUUUUAAAACUGUUUUCUCAUUUUUUUUUUUUUGUUGUUUUUUUUUUGGGGGGGAGGUGUGAUUGUAAGCCUGACAGCGUGUGGUUUCAUUUGUUCUCAUUAGGAGAGUGUUUUUGGAAGACCGAUUAAUUACACCAGCAAAGUCGAGAUUACCGGGUGGUUGCAGGGAAUCGUUGCUAUCUAUAAACCUGAGGUGUGGAUUUCAUUCAUUUCCAGGUUUGAGUGACUCAAGUAGACAACUGCCAAUGUGUCUCACUUUAGUCUUAUUCACCAGGAAACAGAUUUUUCUUUUUACAGUAACUCCCACAACAGUAUUAGCCUAGUUAACUGAACUAAAGUAUUAUCACAUUAAAAGCCCCAUGUCUGUUUAUAGCAAGAAUAGUGUUUUAAUGAAGUAGCAAACAAGUAUUGAUCGUCAUAAUAUAUUCUUUUCUUCCCUUAAUCAUAGCAAAAUGACAAAUAUUGAGACUUGCUGACUGAUCUGUUUUGUCAGAGUCGCUCACCAUCUCUUUUUUGUGUAGUAUUUUUGCGAGUUAAUGUUUUGAAGGUGUUACCAAAGGUUGCAACAAGAAGAGGAGAACACGAUCACUGAAACAGAAAUGGGCAAAAAAUCCGGGUCUGGGCUUAACAGAAAUUGCAAAAAUGUCCUUUUCGGUGGGUUCGGCUUAACAUGUCCAAACAAUUUGGGUAGUUUUAGAGAGAAUUUAUUCCCAAAUGUUUUUGUUUGUAGACUAUUGGGCCUCAAGUUCUCUUAAACAAAUUCUAAAACUAUUAUUGCAAUAAACACUUAAGCCCAGUUUUGGAAAGCUUUGUCAAUUUCUUCACUUUUUAUGUUACAUGAAGAAGAAAAAUGAAGUUUUUUUCUUUUCUAGAGAUGUGAAUGUAAAUAUGUUUUUUGUUUGUUUUUUUUUUCCCCUUGAGAGGGCCAACUGUACAGUAUAUGACAUACUAUUUGUGUGUGUUUGGUUUUUUUUUGGGGGGGGGUGGAUGUUACAUGGUCCCAUGGGGGAGCUCCAUGAGUUUUGAAUUAGUAGAGCAGGAAUGUUAGUGUUCCUCUGUGUACCAUCUCGGGUUGGGGGUGGUUUAUUUUGGGUCCAUCUCGUAUCUAUCGUGGGAGCUAGAAGCUGCAACAAAGAAAGACCUCCCUCGCUUUCAAACCCAGUAGCUGUAACACAUGAUAUAAUCUGCACCGAUUUCAUUUCACACCUUUUUUUUUUUUUAUUGACACUUGACUUGUAUGUAUAUGUUGUAAUGUCAGAUUGGGGAUUUUUUUUUUUUCUUUUUUUUUUUUUUCUCAGCAGUCGGUUUUCCCGCCGGAGCCUUUUCUGGGUUUCUUUGCACUGUGUUGUAACUUCUUGUCGGGACUCUCUUCUUCAUGGGUGAGACCCUCUUUGUUAUCCCAGCAUACACAAAAAGUGAUUGGAUGAUUUCAUGAUGACCUAUGCAUGCUCCAUGGACAUUAACUAGUACAUCUGAUGAGACAGUAUGUGUAAAUAUAAAAAGCUAGCAUAGCAGUCGGUGUGAAGAGCAAAAGACUGAUCACAUUUGUUGAAAUGCCUUCUGGAAACUUUUUUGCCAAAAAUGAUAUGCCCUACCAGCAACUAACUGUAGGUGUGAUUUUUUUCUGAACUGUGUUUUUUGCUACUAGGACUAAGUUAUAUUAACUGCACUCAUUAGAGGAGAAACAGUAGUCAAUGGUAGUAUCUUCAUCCUAUGUCUGACCCAGGGUGGGUUUUUUUUCUUUGUGCGGCCAGGGCAUUCACGUUGUCGUCACUGAAUCGCUAGCGCCCUCUUGUGGGAGCAAACUAGAAGCUGCAACUCCUGGGUGAACGCAGCCGAGAGCAGCACAGCGCCAGGAUAUCUGACAAAAUGUUAGCAGACUACUGUGUCUCCUGUUAGUAAACCCUGCAUUUCAGUCAACAUGUCUGUCCCACUCCCUGCAUGUGUUCCCGAAGAGCAGGAACUGCUCUUUCUCUCUGUUUACACUGUUGUCAGAGGGUCACCGACAGGAAGAUUAUAGUAUACAUGAUACUGUAUAUCUGUAAAGAGCAAAGCUUGUCUGGUGAUUACAUUCUACAAAAGGAGAAAAAAAAAAAAAUAAGGGAAAACAGCUGUGACAUUGCGAGACAGCCUGGAUGUAAAUAAAGAAGCGCUUGCC